CCUCCACGUCCUCCACGUCCGGUUCCGACCCGUAUCACCUCUCCUCUCUCGUCUCAUCAGACAGACAUCAGCAGAUUGCCGUUUGACCUUCAGCAGUCAGCUUUUUGGAUUCCGGCGCCCAAGAGUGGCCUCCGUCUCAGAACGGCCCUUCUCCAUCCAGACGCAUACAUACAUCCACACCGUCCAAUAUGCGCCGCAGCAUCGUCCUAGCUGCUCUAGCUGAAGAACGCGAGAGAUCAGGCUCAGUCGAAGGAUCAUCGUCCAAUUCGAGCCAUCCUGUCGCUGCGCCCAAGAAGGGCUACGCUUCUUCUGCGCUGACGCCACGCACCGCAACCGGUGGCGGCUUUGGCCCACUUCUGGGUCGCAAGCCAUUCAAGGCACCAACGUCCGCCAGCGCCAAGCAGGGAUCAGAUGGAGAGGUGACUGGAAGGCGGAAGAGACAGCGCGUCAACUAUGCUGGUAUGGGCGGAGAAGAAGAUGGUGAUGGCGAGGCUACCUUGGAUGCAGUGUCAGAUGACGAGCGCAAGCCUAAAGGCAAGCCGGGCGUGUUUGGGAAGAACGGGAAGAUGACAUCCUUGGAAGGCGUAUACAAAGGCAUAGACGCUAGAGGCGUUUCUUUGAAUGUCGACAAUCGAAAAUGGGACGUGUUCAAGCCAAGAGAAGGAGCGAUGAAGCAAGCUUUCAAUAUCCCAGUCAUGCGCAAUAAGAAUGGCGAAGUCAUCGAGACGAGAUUGACGGGCAUCUCAUUGGGCACUAGAAAGGCGAUCGAAAUCCCACCUCGACCCUUGCACGACCCCAUGGCGGAGCAUGCGAUUGUGCUCUUCGACCCCACCAUCGAUGAUCCUGAGGCAGAGCGAGAAAAGGAAAGACUGAGAAGGGAACGGCUAGCAGCAGACUCGCUGGCCAAGACAGAGGCAGCAGGUCAACUUGAGGAAAAAGCAGCAGGUCCCACCCCUCACAAAAAACUCGCGGAUAUACUGGGUCUGCGCAAGGAAGUGAAAAAGGUAGCUGUCAAGGUGGCUGUCGUGAUCGAUCCGCGUCUUGGCAAGGUGCUUCGACCACAUCAAAUCGAAGGAGUCAAGUUUUUGUAUCGCUGUGCGACGUCUCUGGUAGACGAACAUGCGCAAGGCUCAAUCAUGGCCGACGAGAUGGGUCUGGGCAAGACGCUGCAAUGCAUCACUCUUAUGUGGACGCUUCUCAAGCAGUCUCCAAUUGCGAACAAGCCAACUAUCGAGAAGGCGAUCAUCGCAUGCCCAUCCAGUCUGGUGCGUAACUGGGCAAAUGAGCUGGUCAAGUGGCUCGGAGCUUCGGCGCCGGGAGCUUUUGCUUUGGAUGGAGCCCUCUCGCGCGAAGAGAUGAUCGCGGCUGUCCGUCGCUGGGCGGACGCCAAGGGUCGUUCCAUCGUCCAGCCGGUCAUGAUUGUCUCGUACGAGACGUUACGCAACAUCUCCGACGAGCUUGCAAAUUGCAACGUGGGGCUUCUUCUUGCCGACGAAGGGCACCGCCUGAAGAACGCGGAAAGUCUGACGUAUCAAGAGCUCGACAAGAUUCCGGUCAAGCGACGGGUGAUUCUGACAGGAACACCGGUACAGAACGACUUGACGGAGUACUUUUCCCUCGUCAAAUUCGCCAACCCCGACCUGCUGGGAGGCCGCCUCGAGUUCCGUCGUCACUUUGAGAUGCCCAUCAUCAAAGGCCGCGAUGCGGCAGCGUCCGAGCAAGAACGUCAGGUCGGAGAUGCGAAGCUUGCCGAGCUCACGGGCAUAGUAAGCAAGUUUAUCAUUCGUCGAACAAAUGACCUGCUUUCGAAGUAUUUGCCCAUCAAGUACGAGCACGUCGUCUUUUGCAAGGUCUCGGACUUCCAGCUCAAGCUCUACCAGCUGUUUUGCAAGUCGCCAGAAAUUCAAAGCUUGCUCCGUGGCAAAGGCUCGCAACCCCUCAAAGCUAUCUCAAUCUUGCGCAAAUUAUGCAAUCAUCCCGACCUUGUGGACUUGUCAAACGACUUGGUAGGAAGCGAAAAGUACUUUCCAGAAGGAUAUACGCCUCAUGAUCGGCGGGACGUGCACACUGAGCUCAGCGGCAAGAUGAUGGUCUUGGAGCGAUUCUUGACGACGAUGCGUCAGACUAGCAAAGAUAAGGUGGUGUUGAUCUCAAACUUUACGCAGACUCUAGACAUUUUCGAGAAGAUGUGUCGCCUGAACAGGUGGGGCUGCUUUAGGCUAGAUGGGACCAUGGCGAUCAAGAAGCGUCAGAAGUUCGUCGACAGAUUCAACGAUCCGGAAGCGCCGGAGUUCAUCUUCCUCCUCAGUUCCAAGGCUGGUGGAUGCGGCAUCAAUCUGAUCGGAGCCAAUCGCUUGGUGCUCUUCGACCCCGACUGGAACCCCGCGUCAGACCAGCAGGCGCUGGCUCGUAUUUGGCGAGACGGACAGAAGAAGACGUGCUUCGUGUACCGAUUCAUAGCGACGGGCUCCAUCGAAGAGAAGAUUCUUCAAAGACAGUCUCACAAAAUGUCGCUGUCGUCAUGCAUGCUCGACGCGCAAGAAGGCGUGGAGAUUGAGCGCCACUUUUCCUCGGAGGAUUUGCGCGCGCUCUUCAAGUUCAACGAGCACACCCACUGCGACACGCACGACACUUACAAGUGCAAACGCUGUCGCAAUGGCAAGCAGACGAUCAAAGCUCACGCCAUGCUGUAUGGUGACGCUGCAACGUGGAAUCACUACACCAAGGAUGAGCUGCACAACGUCCAUGAUGAUCUAUUGCGAGCCGAAAAGACCCAAGGUGACGAGGUCAGCUUCGUCUUUCAAUAUUGCUCUCAUUGAUGAGCAUAACGCCUAGCGUUGUUCAUCGCUCUUCAUGCAUGUUCCCGUGGCCCGCUACCUGGCAGCAAGCGUCUGUUCAUGUCACAGUCUGGCCCACAUCAUAGACACUCCCGCAUCAAUGUCAUCCAUCACAAGAAGAUCUGAAAGACG